CCCCAGCCCCCACCGCCCCCGUCGGGGCCGCGGCCGGCCCCAUGCCGGGCUGCCCUACGCUGCUAGCGCCGCUGUUGCUGUUGAUGCUGCUGCUGCUCCCCACCUGCAGGCCGCUGGGUGGUGACGCGCCGUCCAACCGCUCGGCGAUGGAGAGUGGCAGCCUCAUCCUCAUGAAUGGCGUGAGCGACGCGACCACCUCGCCGGCCAGCUCGGCCCUCACGCCGGGGACGUCGCCCCCGCCCGGGAACACCGGCAAGGACAAGGACCGCGACGACAGCUCCAUCAUGAUCCAGUACAGGAGGUUCCAACGCCCGCAGCGGCGGGACCUGCCCGGCGGCUCUACCGCCCUCACCGGCAACGACGUGGACGUGCCGUCCGUGGCCUGCGAGCAGUUCGCCAGAGACGAGGUGAUGCAGGGCGACAGGCGGGCCACCAUCUUCAAGUCGCCCAACUACCCCAAGAACUACCCCAACAACACGGACUGUAUCCGCAGGCUGACAGGUGAGUGCGUCAGCACGACAUCACGACGCCCUGAAUCGCUCGAAACUUUGUUUCAAAAGAGCCCCCCAAAAUUCCGCAAGUGUAAGGUGUAUGAUUAAAUUGGUAGCGUAUUCGUUUUUCUAAGAAAAGCAAGUGCGGCAACUUUUUCCGCACGGUUUUUGACAACCUACUGGGG